AUUAUUAUAUAGAGCCUGGUAAAUACUAUACACUUAUGUCGAGAAUUAAAAGCAAAACGCUAAUUAACAAAAUAAAAUUGGCUUUUGAUUUACUUUUUGUGUGUUUCUGUUAUUGUUAUUAUAUUACUCAAAUGUUUUUUUUUUUUUUGGUAUUUUCUGCUUUAAAAAAACAUGACGCCAUGGUGGUUCUCAUCUUUUCCUGUUAAAGAUGAAGAUCACAGCAAAUCAGAGGUGGAGUCUGGGACCUGGAGUUAUGCCGCCCUGUGCUUGGGGACAGAAUGAGGUGGAGCCCCGGGCGCAGGGGGAGCCAGAGGCGGGGGCUGAUGGGAAACUUUUGACAGGGUAGUUACACAGGCAGCACGGGCAUUUGAGUCAGGGCACCCAUGCCUCAGCAGUGAGAGGCCCCACUCCCCUUGGCUGGCUGGCAUCGCAUAGCAGAGGCAGAGAGACGAACAGGCAGGACUGAGUGUGAGUGAACGAGGGCGAAGAGAAAGUUACAGACAAAAGUAGAAGAGCACGAGAAAAACAAGGGGGAAACGGAGUGAGAGACAGAAAUCGAGACUAGGGACUGAGGUCUGUGCAGCGUGGCUCCUGAAGCUAGUUUUUCAGUAGUGUAUUUUUAUCUGUAGUGAGAGUGGGAGAGGUUUGCAUUUGGAGUUGACAGCCAUGGCAGAUGCAGGUGUCAAGAAGGAGCAUGCAACCCUGGCAGACGCGCCCUAUGAUGAUGAAGAGGUAGCUCUGGUGGCGGCCGCCACUUAUCCAGCUGUGGACGACGAGGAACCGGCGGACUACGGCGAUCCGGUGCCGGCCGCCGGUUCUGGAGGCAAAAGCGAAGCCCAGAUGAACGGCGUCAUGGUCCUGUCUCUGCUGGACAAGAUCAUCGGGGUGGUAGACCAGAUCCAGCAGACCCAGAGCGGGCUGGAGGCCCGUCAGGAGGCCAUGGAGAAGUCAGUGUCCACCAUCCAAGGGGAGCUGGCCAAGCUGGCGAAGAACCACAUGGGCACGGCCGCCACGGUCAACAAAAUGCUGGAUAAGGUCCGCAAGGUCAGCGUCAACGUCAAGACGGUGCGCGGCAACCUGGAGAGGCAGGCGGGUCAGAUCAAGAAGCUGGAGAGCAACGAGAACGAGCUCCUCAAGAGACGCAACUUCAAAGUCCUCAUCUAUCAGGACCAAGUGAAGCCACCAAAAACAUCCAAAUCAAAGUCGGAGGGGACAGCGGCUGAAGAAAAGGCAGUGGAGGGCCUGCAGCAGAUACCGGAGGAAGGUCAGGAAGGACUUCCUGCCAACCUCAACUCUGACGACGAGGUGGAGAUCGAGGAGAUUAUCGAGGAGUCUCGCACCAAGCGCCUCCAGCGCACCACCAAGCAACAAGUGGACAACAUCAAGAAGGCCUUCUCCAAAGAGAAGAUGGAGAAGACCAAGCUAAAGACCAGGGAGAAUUUGGAGAAGACUAAGCAGAGAACCCGAGAGAACCUGGAGAAGACGAGGCAGAGAACGCGUGACAACCUGGAGAAAACCAAGCACAGCCUGGAGAAGAAGAUCGGGAAGCUCGGAACCCGCAUGACCCCCAACCAGGAGCGUCGGGCCAAGAUGAAGAGCUCUAAAGACAAGAUGAAGAAGUCCCUCACCCCCGACCACAAAGUAUACGCUCGCUCUAAGACAACUGUGUACCGCGUGCCGCCGUUCACCUUCCACGUGAAGAAAAUCCGAGAAGGGGAGGUGGAGGUGGUGCAGAGCACAGAGCUGGAGGCCGCGGCCGAGGCCGAGGCUGAGGGCCAGCCGGCCGGGGAGGAGAACGGACUGGGUGUGCACGUGGAGGUGGAGGAGGGAGAGCUGGUGAGCGUGGACAGCCCGGAAAUGGAUGACCUGCUGGAGGUGACGGAGGACUCUGAGCUCGUCCGGGUGAAGCCCGAUUACCUAAAGAAGACCCAAACUGAAUAGAGCUCUGUGGUGAAGAGGAGGGUGGCGGAUGAGGAAGGGAACCCGCUCUGGAUGAAGCAGUCUGAUCACAAGAGCACUCUCAUUUGUAGUAGUUGAAGGGACUUUCUAGACGCGAUCACAGUCUGUGACAGUUUUGUUCUGCUCUCUUUUUAUUGUUUCCACCCAGGACGACUUUCAUAUUUGCUCCUCUAACAAAGUAAAAAAACAAAAAUAGCCUAUUUAUUUGUGCUGCAGGCUGGUUAUAGUAAAGCUGAGAGUUUAGGCUGCUGGCAGUUAGUUGUUAGCUUAAUAAACCGAGUGGCUAUAAGAAACAAAAGGUAUAAAUAGUCUUUACUCUUGAAAUCUAAUGUAUAAUAUAAUAAUAUAAUAUACCGUGUAUGAUAUGCACGUGAAUAGUGAACUGGAAGUUAUUGUCGAGACUCAUGAAUAAGUAUAGGUGGUGUUGUGAUAGAUUGUACUGUGAAUGUGUUGAAGGACUGAUAAGGAAUUGACUUAACUGAUCAGAUGAAGGGUUUACAAAACAUUUCUAAUGUGUAUGAAUUGUAGAAAAUGUCUAUUUCCUUCCCCCUAUUUGGGCAGUGUGCUAAACAGAAUGUUUACAUUAUAAAAAUAGACACGUAUUAUAUUAUAGUAGUAAAUAUUGAGUCUGGUAUAUAAGUCUGGUAUAUAAAGUACCAGUAUAUAAACAUUUAGACAUUUAGCAGUAAUGAUCUUAUUUAAAGGCCAUUGCUGUUAUAAUAAGCAUUGAAAGAUUUUUCUAUAAGAACUGUGUAAAUGUGAAAAAAAGAGUAGCAGAGCUCAUAAGAUAAACAAGUGUCUACUGAGUUUGAACUUGUUCUUCGUCAUUAGAAAAAACAACUCUAGCUCGACUUAAUGAUUUUUACUUAGCCAUUUUUUGCCAUUUUUAUUAGAUAUCGGAUCUCUUGUACUUUUACAGAGCACGCUUCUGCACGGUGGAGAACAAAAACCACCGUGUCGCCAUGGUCACAGCUACUCACAGUGCACAUUUGCACGUCACUAUUUAAUUUAACCGAGGUAAUUGCGGGCGGAAAAGCGAUGGCCUGAGGAGCAAGAUGACAGCUUAAUGACCGACUACGUUACACACCGCGAUGCAAAUGUCACCCUGACAUAUGGUCGACGGGAGAUCACUGGAACUGAAGGAGGCAAACUGUAAGCGCGUUUGCGGUGGCAAGGCACCACAUUCCUUUGGAUUAUGGAAUGGAAACAAAAUAAUGACACAUAAGUAAAUAAAAUUAAAGAGGAGCGACUAUGACAAAAUAAGUUGUUACAAAAAAGUGACAGAGGCUGAAAGAAGGAAUAAUAUAUAGAUUGUACUUAUGAUCUUGUUUAAACUGGAAACAUGGAAGUUUGAUUGUUUCUUUUGAUUCUCUAAGGCAAGCACACCAUCCUCCAGACAGAAGCUAAGUGGAUUCACUGCUUCCAUUUCCCUCUCUGGAGACUGUGUGUGACCUUGGUGUGAUGCAGGCAUGCAGGAGCUCCAGCACUGUCGAGCCUGGAACACCAUUAAAGUAAUCAAUGAGGUAGGGAAUGCAAUUAGGGAGAGUGCUCUGAGCAGAGAACAGUCAGACGUGGUUAGAAGGAUGCAGGAAAGCGGUGUGUUCAAGGUGCGUGCGUAUUAUAUUUCACUAAAACACUACAUUUUAUAAAACAACACAUUUUUUAAUAACCUGCUUUGGACAUCACGCAAGCUUAAAAUUAAUAUAGUAUCAUAUUUUAUUGUGAAGCAGAACUUUUGUCUUGCACACUGAGACACUUGUAAAAUAGUGGUCCCUUUAAGAACCAUGUACUUUUGCCAUCAUGUAUAUUUUGCCUUGUUUUAUGCUGGUGAUAAUUGCAAAAUAGAAGCAGCCUGUGAGUGUGACGUAGCUCAUGCAUAGCUAAUACCUGAGUCAUUAUGAAUGUGAUUAAAACAUUAUCACACAGCUGGAGCACAGUGUGUUAAAUAAGUGCUUUUUGGUUGAUACUGAAAGUCUGAAGCUUGUAUUUCUGUUGUGUUUAAGGCCCCAUUUGCCUCAUUGAAAAAUUAAAAAAUAAAAGUUUUAAAAUAUCACCACA